UGAUGUUGCUUCCAGUUGAUCAACAGGUGGUGAUGUGAUGGCAAUACAAAGAAUGGUCAAGCCAAUGGAACAGUGAACCGCUCAAAAGGUUAUCAGUUAAAUCUUGUGAUGAUUUUUCAGAACAUGCAAGUGAUAUUCAAGUGAAAUUGUGUUGUGAAACCUAAUAAUUGACGGUAUGCAAUAAAGUGGACGCGUUUUUUCUCUAUCGAAUAACAUAGAAUGAGUCAUAGUAAGCGAGACUCUAGAAUCCUUUGGAUGCUAGUGUUGCUAGUCUAUACAAAAGGUUCGGAUGGCGAAUUUUAUGACGCUCACGCAGCCAACAAGUUAGAUGACGUUUCCGCGGAUAAUCUGCACAGAUUCCCCAGCGUUAACCAAGAGCACAAUGACGAAACAAAAGCUAAUCGUGUCGGUAGUAGUGAUGCAUUAGGCGAAGCGGAAAUCAAUUUUCUAGCUAAAUUAAGGCAACGACAGCGGGAAAGCCAGCCGGUUCCGGCGGUAGGCAUAUUGGCGAGGAAUCCCGUGAAAGAUCAGACAGCGGCAGCAGAAAACUAUGACGACUGGCAGUUGCAAUUGCUUGCCAGUUUGAAUAAUCCUGCCUCAUUUGCCGCUCUCGAAGAGAUAAAUCAGACACCGUCCUUCGAUGGUGACCUUGGCACAGUGCUGAAGUUUCUGGCACAGUACACCGGUGAAGCAGCGGCGUUCGAUCCAAUGACACCGGAUGAGUUCAACGAUAACGGUGGAAAGCGGGCAGCCGCAUUGAGAUCCACCAUGGCUAGACGGUCCCAUUCCUCCAAGGAACCUGAACCCUUCGCGCCGUCUAUCAGUAUUGGUGAGUUUUACGGGGCGCUUACAAAUCUGGGCGAUUUUUUUCAACACUUGAAGCACAACCUCGAAUCGCUAGAAUCCAAAAACCUUUCCCACGACCAGGUCAAACUGCUUGAAGGUCACAACAUGGUUUCGAAUCUUCGGAAAGAAUUUAUCGAAGACUACCCAAAGCCUACAGGCAGUGCAGCAUUUCUUCACGCCAUUCGCAAUUAUCGUCCUUCUCACCGAAUACGAGCGCUAGUAUCAACCGUACCGGAUCUUUACCGAGGAACAAAUUAUCACAAUCCGGCGUGGAAGUAUAUCGGAAUAGGAAAAUGAGCUUCCCGAUGAUUUUUCGUCAACUUUCCUCGACAUCAUGUUAAUAGAUCGUGCUGAAUAGACUACUGGGCUUGCCAUACGAAUUCCGUUAUAAGCUUAUUUACUUUGAAUCGAACUCUGACUAUCAAUGGUACAAUGAUUAAAAAAAAACCUAUCCAAGAACAGUGCUGAUACAGAAAAUAUAGUGCAAUGAUGGCUGAUAUACCGUGGAUCAAAAUAUUCAUGUCAGUAGACUUUAAUGAGCUAAGGAAUACCUUCGAUGUGUGGAAUAAAUUAACUUUUUCUCUCAA